AUGGAUCGUAAGCACCUCAACACCUCCAACACCACGCCCAUACUAACGCGUCAAAAGCUCGCAGCCAUCAUCUGGGGCGCCAUCUUCUCCAAGAAACUCAUCUUCUUCUCCGCCCACCCAGCCGGCUUCCUCCUAGCCAUCCAAGCAGCCCUCGUCCUCCAACCAACCCACACCCCCGAACAAAAGCGCGCCGGCACCCUCGCCCACUUCCUCUUCCACGCGCUCGGCGCCUCCGCCCUCACCGCCGGCCUCAUCAUCAUCGAAAUGAACAAAGCCGGCCCGGACCACGAACACUUUGAAUCUGCGCACGCGCGCCUCGGCCUUACCUUUUAUAUCCUUGUGUAUAUCCAGGCGAUUGGUGGCUGGGUAUGUUAUUGCGGUGUUGGGGCUUGCGACGAUUUGCGCGGCGACGUGGACGACGUAUAA